CGAAGAUGAAGAGAUUGGAGGAGGAGAUGAAAAGAGUACGACAAGAGGAGGAAGAAAGAAGAAAAGUUGCCGAAGCCGAAGCGGUGGUAUAAGAAGAGAAAGAGAGACUGAGGAUUGAGAGUGGCGAAGGAAGCAGUGGUGGCACGAUGAAGAGGGUCGCUAAUUUAUCGUUGGGUGAAGAGGAGGAGGCAGAGUCCUAUGUGACUGAGGAUGAGAGGGCUGCGCUAGCCAGUGAGCUAGCAACAAUGACAGAUCCUAUGGAAAGGCGAGAAAGGGAGGAGGAGCAGAAAYUGGCAUGGAAGUUGAGGAUGAAGCGRGAGAAGAAGAGGAGGAGAGAGGAAGUGAGUAAAAUGACUGCARAGGUAGCGAAGGUGCAAGCGUGCAGGYAGGAGGUGUUGGCCCARCCGGAUGAUAAGGCCAAGUGGGACAAGGUACUGGGGUACCUGGAAGUGUUGAGCAAGGCCUGGAUGGAAGAGCGCCAGGCUAGCUGGAGCCAAGAUGUAGCCUUAAGUGCCAUGCGGUCAGGGUUUAGAGACUUUGCGCGCGAGAUCGUCACCCAUAUUGGGGGCGAAGUCAAGCAAUUGAGAGACAAUGUAGGGAAGUUUUGUGAGGGCGCCAUUCAGGGUGCCAAAGCUGUAGCCGCUGUAGAGGGAGAGCCCAGACCUCGUAAGGACCCAGUGAAACUGAAGUUCCCAGAUGCGUACGGGGGAAAGAAGGAAGAAAACUUUGGCAACUGGGAAACCAGUGUCAAUAGUUAUAUUUAUCUACAACACAUUCUGAUUGAGGAACAAGUCCUCGUGGCCUUCCAGGCCCUCAAAGAUGAAGCGGCUAGUUUCGCCAGGUCUUUUGCGCGUAUAGCUGGUUGUGAAAACAACCUGGUUGCAUAUUCCAAAGUCACCCCUCUUUCCCAAUUCCUCAAGCUCCUCAAGGAGCGUUUCGCUGACCCAAUGCGAGGCAUUAGAGCCUCUGACAAGCUGCAAACGAUCCACUCACGACAGUGGAGGAGUGCCAGGGCCCUCAAGGGUACCAUGGACGACUUAGUGGCCAUCCCGGACCAUGGGGUCACUGAGACCCAGUUGGCCCAAUUGUUUUAUCGUGCCAUACCAGAGGCCUUGCGCGGGCAUUUCUUUGACAAAUCUCAACAGGCCGGCAUCACAUAUGAUGCAUUCAAGGUUGCAGGCUUGUGCCUAGCUAGCUGUCCAGAGACCGCCUGUGUUAGCGUCUCUUUAGGCACGUCCCUCACAGGUGUGGCAGCAGCGUUGAAGGAGAGAAUGCCAGCCUGGGCCAAGAUGAAGAAAGAGAGUAAAGGACAGUUGAUCUUGGUAGAUGUAGAAGUUUUUAGAAGCAGAGUAGGGGCCCUCAUAGACUCAGAGGCCACCCGCAGUUAUAUUAGCCGUAGGGCGCUGAAGAAGCUGAAGCUAGGAUUAAAAGUCCAGAAAUUGGCAGACCCCAUAGUCAGUGUCCUCGCAGACAACCGCACGAUGCGAGUUGAGGACUAUGUAGAGGGAGUCCAGGCGUAUUUUCGCCUAGAGAAAGAUGGGAAGGUGGAGAAAGUUCUCCAUUCCCUGACUCUCCUCGUACAGGAUGACCUUCCUUUCGAUAUAGUGUUAGGAAUGGAUUGGGGAGAGGCAGCAGGGGYYACACUUCAUUUGAGAGAGCAUGARUGUAGGCUCCCUAGUCYGUCAGGCGAGGUUAAGACUGCCCGCUUGUUCCAUGUGUCUGGUGUAGAUAACACCUUGGCACAUUGCUGUCUCAGUGCUCCCGCGUUCGCGCGAUUAGUCAAAAAGGAGCAGUUAGAGGAACAGGUCUUUGUAGUGUAUGUUAGACCUGUCACCGAGGGCAAGGAAGAGAUAAGUUCCACAGAUCCAACCAUAGCCAAGAUGCUGGAAGAAUUCAAAGACUUGACUGAGUCGCCGACAGGAGUAGUGUCGCGACCCAUCCAGCACAGGAUAGAGAUAGAGCCCGACAGUAGAACUCCUAAGGGUGCAGUCUACAGAAUGUCCCCCAGGGAGUUAGAGGAGCGUCGCAAGCAGUUAGAUGAGCUCCUAGAGAAAGGUUGGAUCAGGCCCAGUUCGUCUCCUUUUGGAGCACCCGUUUUGUUUGUCCCCAAGAAGGAAGGAGAGCUAAGAAUGUGUAUAGACUAUAGGGGUUUGAAUGCGAUUACUGUAAAGAAUGCUGAGCCACUGCCCAAGAUAGACGAUCUUUUAGAUCGGGUAGAGAGGAUUAAUGAACAGCACCCCGAUCCAGACAGCGUGCUGGAGCCAGAAGUUGUGCAGUCCGAGGAUGUGAGCAGUCCUGGAUCAAAGGCGGACUUUUGUGAUGCAAAACUGGAAGUGGACGAUGAAGGGCGGUUCUUUCUCUUGGAGACAUGCCGUGUUUCCAUUGCCGCUAAACAGCUGGUUCUGAUAGCUCAUCAAGCAAUGGAGGAGGCAUGUAUUUCCACAGAGCGGACAGCAAUGGAUCUCUAUCAUGCGGGAAGAGAUGCGCUUCUGAUGUACAGGGCAAUUGUUCCUGUCAAGCUUUCAAGAAGUGCACUGCUUGGGAUGCUUCUGUACAAUGACUGCCUCUACAUAGCCCAUCAUCUCAUGACAAUGGGAAUUCAGAUCUAUCUUGGUGAAGUAUCGGCAUCCCUGCACUCUAUCCAAGAGGUCGUCGAUGCGGGGUAGGGGCUCCGCGUUCUUAAGAGUGAUGGCAUUGAGGCCCCUAUAAUCAAUGCACAUCCUUAGG